AUGGCGAAGGAACUUUCGAAGGCGAAAUGUAUCUUGCUGGCAGUACACUUUGCAUCGGCGGCCAAUGUCAAAGCACUGCACUCCUUCACACCCACUCGAUCCGAUGUACUAGACCCAGAGCUCAUUCUACGAAUUAUCUUGACCUACCUACCCGAGAGCCUGGACCCCAAGGAAUAUGUCAAAUAUGUCGAGGAGGUUGGAACGAGACUGUACCUGGACAUACAGCGGGAGGAGAUCGAGCUGGAUAUCACUCCGGUGCAGGAUAUUCCAGAAGAGCAGGCACAAAAGCAGGUCAAGAAGUUGAAACUGUUGGAUACGAGUUCGCCUACGUUCCCACCACAUGCGCCGAAUGACCUGCUCACACGAUUCCUAUGUCAUCGUGCGUACCGAAUCGACCUCGAGACCGGAUUGCUCAGCUAUAUUCCGCCACUCAUCGAGCCAUUCUUGCCUAGGAAUGAGUAUUUGAAGACAUGGUACAUCAGCGUGGUUCUCCCAAUCGUAAGGCUCGAGGUGGAGUAUUAUGGAAAUGAAAGCGACACGCCCCAAAUCGGGCUCAAGGAGUUCUCGGAACUGGAAGGGCCAACAGGCAUCGAUGUGCUCUUGCAGAAGGGCGAGCGGAAAGAUGGCCAAGUGCCCAUGACUUCUCACAGCAACACCACAAUCGGACGUGACGUCAAGUCCUUGGUGGGACCGUGGAUGUAUGGACACACAGAGCGCAAAAGGCGCAAGCUGGGCCAUUCGCGCCACAACAGUGGUGGCGGGGACGAAGAUACUGACAAGGACCUCGCUCAGCGUGUCCGUAAGAUAUCACUGUCUGGUGUCUCUGCCGAGGACAAGACAGGACAUGAUUGGGAGUACAUGUACAAGUGGAUGGUGCGCAAAGCAUCCAACCAGAACUUCAUCCUUGUCGCCCAUUGUAUUGAAGAUUGGGACGGUCCGUCUGAUGUAGACUUUGGUGGCCUCAGUCAAGGUGGACGAGACUACAUGGACGACGAGCUCUUGCGCAAACUCGAAUCUCAAUAUGCUCAGGCCGCAUUCGCGACGUGCUAUGCCUCCCAAGAGGAUUCGAAGGACACUAUCCGUGGCGCACACGGCAUACUAGCACGUCUAGCAGAAUUACUGGACUUCAUUCCUCCGCCUGAUUUAGCAUCAUCUGUUGAUUCAUUACCCAAGGUCGAGCGCCAUGCGACCAGACUGGAAAAGUCCAGCGACACCAACGAGCUUGCACCAGCCAGCCUUCUUACGCCUGAGCAUCCACUCACAACACCUCGCAUGGAGACAUACAUGCUCUUGCAAAUGUUAGUAUAUAGCGCAUACCAGUUCGAUGGUCUCGGCUACCCUAUUGCAAUUGUCAAAGUGGCCAGGAUCCAAUUCUACGAUACCCAUGAAGAACAACUUGCUUUGCUCCAGAAGAUCCUGAAGGGUCUAGCGACCCGAAAUGGCGGUAAACGCGACGAAGCGCAAUGGACGGCUGAUCGUGAGAAGUUGAUGUGGCUCUGGAAUUGGGGCAUAGAAAGCGAUGACGAGAAUGCCGAAGAAGGUGCGGGAGUGCUCGGCAGGGUGAAGCGAAAGGUGUUCGAGGAGGAGAUGCUGAAAGUGUUCACAGAGACCGGAUGCCACGAAAUGGUGAAGAAGCUGUAUCUAGCUGAUGGGCCUUCCGGCGAGUCGACAUCACUAAGUCGUGAGAUGAUUGAGACGGUCAUACUGGCUAAGGCAAUGGAGUCUUACGAUGGGGCGAGCAACGGCAAUAAGACAAGAGGUGGUGUGAGAAGAGCCAGUGAGACGAUUGAUACUUUCAAGUCAUUCUUCCCGAACAGUACUCGUCUUCGCCAAGCCACCUCAUUGAUCGCCUCCACGCAUGCAUUAUCUUUCUAUUCGCUCACAUUACAACAUGGUGUGCCAUUCAAGCCUGUCAGCAUACGAGUCAGCUCCGAUCCUGUAACCUUAAUCGACAAAGUUCUGGAGCAGAAUCCACGCAGCUAUACGAAGCUGGACGAUCUCGUUGAGAUAGGGAAGAACCUUGUCUCAUCUGGCCUACCGCAAUCAAAUGCAAAUGCAAAUGCUGCCGACUCGACUGAGAUGCGAGCAGGUGAUCUCCAGAAGAUCAGAAAAGAGGCGGAGAGGAGAGUUACUUUCAUGGCCGUCGAAGCAGCACUGCGUGAAGACGACUUCGAGACUGCAUACUCAUACAUUGUUAACAGACUCACUCCUUCUGGUGCGGACCUCACUGCACCAAGCCAAGCCGAAGCAGCCAAAAAGCAUGCCCGGAGCAGCUCUACUGCAAGCUCUCGAGCUCGAAGGCACAAGCAGGCAGAGGAUGACAUAUCGUGGCGUGCCGCUUUCCUCGCUGGUCGCUAUCGCCCUACCACAUCCACUCCUCCGACAUUGCGUCGUCUAGAGCAGCGCACAGAACUGUUGUCUCUGGCUUUGCUGCUGGCGCCAACCGCACAACUGACGGACAUCCUAGCCGUUUGGCGUCGCUGCGAAGAAGAAACCACAACUUUUCAGAAGUCUCAGCAACAAGCAGAAGAAGACUUCGAUGACCGUGCCGAUAAGCGCGGAAGCUUGAGCGCACUACCAGGCAACUUCACAUUGACCGGCGAUCAACCAGAAAUGAUUCUCAACCAGAGACGCCGAGAGAUGGGACGACUCGGAGCCGGCGGAGCAGCGAACACAGCCGAGCGUGGUGCACCGAUGAGUAUGUUCGACCUUACGCGUAGUGCGGCGAGGGCAUUCAGUAGGAAUGCUUUCCCGCUUUCAGCUGGUGCAGCUGCGCCAGCUGCGCAGACACUGGAGAGGGUGUUGAGUGAUUUGAGUGAAGGGCAGAAAGGUCUGGAGAGUAGUGUGGACAGUUUGGGCAGCAACGAGGGAGGACAGCAGAGGGUGCGUAAGAGGGAUAUGAUUGCUGACACGGUCGAAGGAGGCUUGGCCGCCGGGUUAGGCUGGGUACUCGGUGCAAAGCCUGCAGAGAGAGGUGGCCAGUGA